CCCUUCUUCCUGAAGCAAAAUCCCCUACCUUUAAAAUCAACCAUCUAUCUCAUUUCCAUAUCCACUUCUACCAUAUUUUUUACUUAUUACAUAGAGAGGCAGCAAGAUGGCAGAUUGGGGGCCUGUAUUCACGGCUGUGAUGCUGUUCAUUCUGCUAUCACCAGGCCUGCUUAUUCAGAUACCAGGGCGUAGUAGGUACAUAGAGUUUUCCAACUUUCACACCAGUGGGGUAUCUAUACUGGUCCAUUCCGUUCUUUACUUUGCAUUCAUGUGUAUCUUCCUGUUAGCCAUUGGUGUGCACGUGUACAUUGGGUCAUAGCUGAUAGCCCCAGCUUCUUGGAUUGAUCUGUGAAUUUUGAUUCCAAUCUUGUUCUCAAGGUGUUUGUAUCUUUUCCGGAAGUACCAAAUUUGUGAGGAUUAACUAUAGAUUUAUGUUGUUUGUGGUUUUAUGGAUCAGCUUUGCUCUUUAUAUCCUUCCUCAUGUUUAAUUUGCUUGAUCCAACGAUUUCAGAUGAUUUCUGAUUUAGUUUGCUUUACUUAAUCCUAAAGCAACUAAACUUAUGUGCAGCUUUGAGUCAACUAUUUAUUAUGUUGAGGUUAUAUUGGAAUUGUGCAAAUCCUUGUCUGGAGAAGUGUGUUUUGGUAUCAACUUUAAUGUAUUAUUAUUGUUCUGAUUUGACAUGCAAUGAAGUAAUAAAAAUGUUAGGUUUAU